UAUGAUGUGAUCAAGGCAAUUGAGGAAGGUGCCUGCAGGAAAGCAUACUUGGCUAAAGGAAAAUCAGAUAACAAGCACUGUGUUAUAAAAGAGAUCAAUUUUGCAAAGAUGCCCAUCCCUGAAAAAGAAGCUUCAAAGAAAGAAGUCAUUCUUCUGGCAAAGAUGAAACAUCCCAACAUUGUAACCUUCUUCAGUUCAUUUCAAGGUCCCAUGACGAUUCUGGGUUGGUUUGUACAGAUUUCUCUAGGACUAAAACAUCUUCAUGACAGGAAGAUCUUACACAGGGACAUAAAAGCACAGUACAUUUUUCUUAGCAAGAAUGGAAUGGUUGCAAAGCUUGGGGACUUCGGCAUAGCAAGAGUCCUGAACAAUUCCAUGGAACUUGCUCGAACUUGUGUUGGAACGCUUUAUUAUCUAUCCCCAGAGAUCUGUCAGAAUAAACCCUACAAAAAUAAAACAUGAGUUACUGACUAUUGGGAUAUAUGGUCUCUUGGCUGUGUCUUAUAUGAGCUCUGCACACUCAAGCAUCCUGUUGAGGGUAACAACUUAUACCAGCUGGUUCUGAAGAUUUGUCAAGCACAUUUUGCCCCAGUAUCUCCAAGUUUUUCUCGUGAGCUACAGUCUUUGAUACGUCAGCUAUUUAAAGUAUCUCCUCAAGAUCGACCAUCUGUUAAUUCCAUUUUGAAAAGACCCUUUUUAGAGAAUCUCAUUGCCAAAUACUUGGAUCCUGAGGUCAUACAGGAAGAAUUCAGUCACGCACUCAUACACAGAGCAAGAUCUUCAUCUUCACGACCUCCUGGGAAGGUGGUCCAGGAUUCAAAAGUACAGAAAGUAAGACUCCAAGGAAAGUGCCCACCAAGACCAAGGACAUCAGUGCCAAUGAAAAGGAAGGACACAUUACGUAGAAAUGAAUGGAGACCACCAGCUGGAGUCCAGAAGCCGCCAUCUAUGAAAAUGGUAGAAAGGCUUAAGCUUGCUGUAGUGUAUGAACAUUAUGAUUAUUAUUAUGCUCGACUUGACUUGUUGAGGAAGACCGCCCAUGAACCAAGUCAUCACUACGUUCCUCAAAAAGACACCAGCAUUGGGAAUUAUAACCGAGAAAAAAAGUGCAGUCCAUCACCAGGCCAAGGGUCUCCUGAGUAUCUGCAGAGGAAAUUUGAAGCUCAACAAUAUAAGUUGAAAGUGGAAAAGCAAUUGGAUAUUGAAAGAAACUUGAAACAUAUUAGGCUUCAGAACAUAGAGGAAAGUAAAAUUCCAGAACAGAAAUAUGACGCUAAGGCAAUGGACACACUAAAUGAAACUUUGACCUUUGAGGAUGGCAUGAAGUUUAAGGAAGAUAAAUUUAUGAAACAGCAUGAAGAUUAUACAGACAAAGCUUUUGAACAACUCUGUUGCCAAGAAGUAGAGCUGUUCACUCAGGAAGCUGCUGCUGCAGGAUACAGGAGACAGUGAGAUGCUGGAGCUCCGCAGAUCCUGCUGCAGAUGAUGGCGGCCGCUGACGUCACCUCCACUUGCUGCAGCGAGUCGGCAGGUGAAGCUAUGAUCAGUUCGCAUAAAUCGUCGGCCGGGGAAGAUCAGGCACCGGUACAGCUGUGUUGCUAG